AUGACGACCGAAACUCAGGAGCAGCCACGAGCACCAGACCUAUCCAAACACCCUAAACUAACACGAGAACAAGCAGGCCACCUCCGCCACUUCCACAACCUCGUCACCCAGCCCGACAACGACUGGAACCUCAUGGGCUCGCAGGAGCCCCUCCAGGAAUUCCUCGACGCCUACCGCUACCAGCUCGCGACCAUGGCCUACGCCGCCGGCGCCGCGCACUUCCACCGCCAACCGGCCCUCCGCAGCGUCUACAAGACGCUCAUGCGCCAGACGAUCCGCAAGAUGCUCCUGCGCGCCGUGUGGGCGUACUGGUUCAACACGAGCAUGGCCGGGAUCGCGACCAAUCCGGACCUGAAGGAGCUGAGGAAGCCGUGGGCUGACCCCGUUGUGAGGGAGAAUAUCAUGUACAGCGGGCAUUUGCUGAUGAUGGUGGCGAUGUAUGGGAUGUUGUUUGACGAUGAUGAGUUUGAGAGGCCGGGUUCGUUGGAGUUUUUGUGGAAUCCGUUGUUUUUUGGGAUGGGUCCGGAGAAGUUCUCGUAUGAUGCGGGAAGCUUGCAGGAUGCUAUCCUCAAGGAGAUGGAGGGGAACGGGUGGAUUGGGGUAUGCUGUGAGCCGAAUAUGGUAUUUGUGGUUUGCAACCAGUUUCCUCUGAUCGGAAUGCGUCUGAGAGACGCUCGUCUGGGCACUUCGGUCGUAGACGACGUUUUGGAAAAGUACAAAGCAGCAUGGGACAAGAAAGGGCUCGUCGGCUCCGAUGGCCUCCUGCCUGACGCGUGGAUGGUCAAGCAGGACUUCACUAUCCGCCCCAAAGAUCCCGCAUGGACGGCGUGGGGCUCGGCCUUUAUGAACUCGUGGAACGGGUCCGUCGUGAGGUCUCACUACGAAGACCAGGCCCUCGGGUACGUCACCAACACGGGAGGAGGCGAGAUUCGUCUGAACCCACCUGUCGUCGGCAACGAGUUCAGAAAGCUAGUCAAGGAAGACGGCGCGGCGCCGGACUCUCGCGAGACGCUCGAACAGGCGGUGCGCAACGCCAAGGAGGCCGAGGCGGGUAAGAAGGGAGGCUUUCCGUAUACCAAGCCCACGUUUGGGUAUAUCGUCCAGUGGCUCUCUGAGCUAGGCAAGGAAGCCGAGUUGACGGCGUUGCUCAAAUACGCGGACGAAGAGUUGGGGUCCAAGUGGGAGCGCGGCGGGCUGUAUUACCCGCGCAACGACGAGCCGUUUGACGAGGAGAUGAGGUGGACGCACAUGGACCCGUUUUCCGGCAACGCGGCGAUCGGGUACGCAAGGUUGAAUGUCGAGGACGGGCAGAAGAUUAUUUGGGAGCGGCCUUGGACUGCGCAAGACGUCUCGACGCGGCCGUUUGUUGAUGCAGUCACUUUGGCUGAUGGCGUUGACUUCUUGCGUGGAGAUUGGAGCGAGGAGGAGAGGAUGCUGGUGCUUACUGUCAGGUCGUGGGAUGGCUCGACGAGGACAAUCAAGCCUGUUCUCAGGAACUUGGGGCCUGGGACAUGGAAUGUGUUUAUUGAUGGGCAACUGAGAUUGUCACGAACACUUUCAUCGGGAGAAGAUAUUGCUUUGGAAGUACAAGUUGGGCAUCGGGAUGUUGAUAUCAUGGCUGUCAAGCAAGCGUGA